UUGGAGUCUUUGGACCUCGGCGGUUUUGGAAUAUCUACAUGCUGAUCCUCUUUGUUGUGGCACAUCAGCUCGUUUGGGGAAACCAUCCGAAGACAGCAUGAUGUUUCUCGUUAUCUUGUAUUUCGCUUUGCCCUUAGUGGAUGUACUUUUGUCCGCAGAAGUGAGCGGGCUGCCUGGAGGGGACCGCCUCGACUGCGUGAAAGCCAGCGAUCAGUGUCUCAAGGAGCAGAGCUGUAGUACUAAAUACAGGACACUGAGGCAGUGUGUAGCCGGCAAAGAGAGCAACUUCAGCCGGGCGACGGGCCUGGAGGCAAAGGACGAAUGCAAAAGCGCCAUGGAAGCUCUCAAGCAGAAAUCUCUGUACAACUGCCGCUGUAAGAGGGGCAUGAAGAAGGAGAAAAACUGCCUGCGCAUUUACUGGAGCAUGUACCAGAGCUUACAGGGAAAUGACUUGCUUGAAGAUUCCCCUUAUGAGCCAGUUAACAGCAGACUAUCAGACAUAUUCAGGCUAGCACCAAUUGUAUCAGUGGAGCCAGUACUUUCAAAGGGGAACAAUUGCUUGGAUGCAGCAAAAGCUUGUAACCUAAAUGAUACCUGCAAGAGGUUCAGAUCUGCUUACAUAACCCCCUGCACCAGCAGCACGUCUAAUGAAAUCUGUAACAAGCGGAAGUGUCAUAAGGCCCUCCGGCUAUUUUUUGACAAAGUUCCCCCAAAGCACAGCUACGGGAUGCUCUUCUGCUCCUGUCGAGACGUAGCCUGUACAGAAAGGAGACGGCAGACUAUUGUUCCUGUGUGUUCAUAUGAGGACAGGGAGAAACCAAACUGCCUGAAUUUACAAGAAUCCUGCAAGAAGAAUUACAUCUGCAGAUCUCGCCUUGCAGAUUUCUUCACAAACUGCCAGCCUGAGUCACGGUCGGUUAGUAGCUGUCUGAAGGAGAACUAUGCUGACUGCCUCCUCGCUUACUCGGGGCUUAUUGGCACAGUGAUGACACCAAACUACAUAGACUCAAAUAGUCUCAGCGUUGCCCCAUGGUGUGACUGCAGCAACAGCGGUAAUGACAUAGAUGAAUGCCUGAAAUUUCUGAAUUUCUUCCAGGACAAUACAUGCCUUAAAAAUGCAAUUCAGGCCUUCGGCAAUGGUACUGAUGUGAAUGUGUGGCAGCCAAUCUUACCUGUACAGACCACUACAGCCACAACUACAACAGCUUCCAGACUUAAAAACACAGGUUCAGAGACCACCAACAAUGAAAUACCCACCCACAACGAUUCACCAGCAUGUGCAAACCUGCAGGCACAGAAGAAGCGGAAAUCCAAUGAAUCUGUAGAUACAGAGCUCUGUCUUAAUGAGAAUGCUAUUGGGAAAGACAACACAGCAGGAGUCUCCACCAGUCACAUAUCUUCGGAGAAUUCGCUCGCUCUUCCUACAAGCUUCUAUCUAAGCACACCGCUCACUCUGAUGACACUUGCACUCUCACUCUGUUCGUUCCUAAGCUCAUCAGUCGUCUUGUAGCUGCAUUA